AAUCUCUAACAUUCUCUGUAUACCCCUUCACUUCAUAACUAUCCCUUUGCCUGUAUGCCUAAAUCUGCCUGCCCACUUCUGUCUACCCCAACACCCUUCUCUGGUCUGUCUUUUUAGCCUGCCUGCCAUCUUCUGUCUAUACCAGCCAGCCUGCCUUGGUCCAUCUGUCCAACGUGCCUGUCAACUUCUGCCUGUAUCAACCAGUCUGUCUAGGUCUGUCUGUCCUUCCUGCCUGCCCACUUCUGUCUAUGUCAACCAGCCUGUCCUAACCCGCCAAUCCAAAUCUGUUUGCACAACCUGCCCACCCAAAUAUGCCUGUUCUAACCAGCCCAUCCAACUCUGUCCUCUUUUUGCUCAGCCUGCCUGCUCAGGGUCACCAUGUUGCUUCAAUCACCUUGUUAACCAAUCAUUACUAUUUCGGGCACUUAAGUCUGCAGCAACAGGCAAUCUGUCAGCCUGAGGGGUUUCUUACCAACUUCCAAGGGAAUUUUCAGAAAUCAUGGAUGCUGGGAAAAUGACUGUGAGUAUAAACAAAGCCAUCAACACUCAAGAGGCUGCUGUGAAGGAAAAGCAUGCAAGAACUUGCAUCUUGGGAACACACCAUGAGAAGGGGGCACAGACCUUCUGGACAGCAGUGAACCGCCUCCCUCUGUCCAGUAAUGCCGUUCUAUGCUGGAAAUUCUGCCAUGUUUUCCACAAGCUUCUGAGAGAUGGCCACCCCAGUGUUUUAAGAGAUUCUCUUCGUUAUAAAAGUGAACUAAUUGACAUGAGCCGAAUGUGGGGCCACCUUAGUGAAGGAUAUGGUCAGCUGUGCAGCAUCUAUCUCAAACUUUUGAUCAUUAAGAUGGAGUUCCAUACAAAGAAUCCACGAUUUCCAGGAAAUCUUCAGAUGACUGACCGGCAACUGGAUGAAGCUGGGGAGAAUGAUGUAAACAAUUUUUUUCAAUUAACAGUGGAAAUUUUUGAUUACAUGGAGUGGGAACUUAAUUUAUUUCACACAGUGUUUAAAUCUCUGGAUAUGUCACGCUCUGUGUCUGUCACUGCUGCUGGCCAGUGCCGACUGUCACCUCUUAUACAAGUCAUCCUGGAUUGCAGCCAUUUAUAUGACUACACUGUAAAGCUGCUCUUCAAACUGCACUCCUGCCUUCCAACAGACACCUUACAGGGACAUCGAGAUCGAUUUGUGGAACAGUUUCAAAAAUUAAAAGAUUUGUUUUAUCGUUCAAGUAAUCUUCAAUAUUUCAAACGCCUCUUACAGAUUCCCCAACUACCAGAGAAUCCGCCAAACUUUUUACGGGCUUCAGCACUGUCUGAACACAUUAGCCCUGUGGUGCUGAUACCAAGUGAAAACUCGCCUCCUGACAGUGAGACUCUGAUAGAGACAGAAGACCUUGUAGGGAUGGAUACGUUAUCACAUCAGAGUCUGUCUGAAAAUACGUUUGAUGAUAUAUUUGGAAGUUCUUUCAGCAACGACCCUUUUAACUUCAGCAACCAGAAUGGCAUGCGCAGGGAUGACAAAGACCACCUGAUAGAACAGCUGUACAAAGAAAUUGCAAUGCUGAGAGAUGAAUUUGGGAACUUCAAAUCAGAGAGCCAUCGCUUGGUCACUAACCUGAAGGGGAGAAUUCAAGAGCUGGAAGCAGAAUUAGCUGAGCAGAAGCACCUGAGAGAACAGGCUGUGGAUGAGAAUGAAUUCCUGCGUACAGAGCUGGAGGAUCUGAAGAGGAGAAGAGAGGAUACAGAGAAAGCACAAAGGAGCCUGACUGAGAUAGAACGAAAGUCUGUUGCUAAUGAGCAGCGCUACACAAAGCUGAAGGAGAAAUAUGCUGAACUCGUGCACAGCCACGCAGACCUCCUGAGGAAGAAUGCUGAAGUAACAAAACAAGUGUCCGUUGCUCGUGAAGCCCUUGUUGACACAGAACGUUCUAAAAAAGAGCUAGAAGAUUCCUACCAGAGAGUGAAUGAACACACGCAGAGGAAGGCACAUGAGCAAAUAAAAGAGAUGGAUCAGCUGCAAGGGGCAUUGGAGUCCAACAAACAAGAAAUCCACCUUCUAAAAGCAAGCAUAGAAGCCUCUAAGCAAGAGGGUCAGAUAAGGAUUAUGGAGCUAAAGGAGAGUGUUAUUGAUCGUGUACUGCAGGAAGCUGAGUUCAUUAUUCAGGAAUCGCUUAGACAACUGGAUGAGCCUCACUAUUCAAGUGGAAUGAUAUCUACAGAUUUUCUUAUCACAAGGGCCCUUGCAGCAGUACAAAGUACAGAGAAAAUGGAGGAAGCCUGGAAAGCUCACAUGGCAAACCCUUCAGAUAUUACCCUGUUGCUUCCACCUCUUGUCCAGUUUGCACAUCGAAUAAGUGAAGUCAUUCUUCAGGGAGCUUUGACACCGACAUCUGACAGGUUGAAUGACGGCUGCAGGACAUGUGGUACAGAAGCUCUUAGUUACCUCUCCAGCCUCCAAAAAAAUGAGACAGAGGGAAGUGUUCACUGCAGUAGGGUAACUGCAGCACUGAAAAAUAUAAGUGAGAUUGCUCAGGAGCUGCGACCUCCCACACUGGAUAUCAGAGAAGAGGAACUGGGGGAUCUGGUAGAGAAAGAGAUGGCAGCCACUGCAGCAGCAGUAGAAACAGCUGCCACUAGGAUUGAGGAAAUGUUAAAUAAAUCCCGAACUGAUGAUACUGGAGUAAAGUUACAAGUCAAUGAGCGGAUCCUGGGAUCAUGCACAGACCUAAUGCAGGGGAUACAGGCUUUAAUAUUGGCAUCAAAAGACCUACAGAAAGAGAUUGUUGAGAGUGGAAGGGGUGCAGCAUCUCAAAAGGAAUUUUAUGCCAGGAAUUCUCGAUGGACAGAAGGGUUGAUCUCAGCAUCAAAAGCUGUUGGCUGGGGAGCCACUGUUAUGGUGGAUGCAGCAGACCUUGUGGUCCAAGGUCAGGGGAAGUUUGAAGACCUCAUUGUGUGUUCCCAUGAAAUUGCAGCAAGCACAGCUCAGUUGGUGGCAGCAUCCAAGGUAAAAGCUGAGAAGGACAAUGCAAACCUUUCUAGGCUCCAGCAGGCCUCCAAAGUUGUGAAUCAAAAUGCAGCCGGAGUUGUGGCUUCUACAAAGUGUGUUAUGUCCCAGAUUGAGGAAAAAGACACUAUGGAUUUCUCCAGCAUGACUCUGACACAGAUUAAAAGAAAGGAGAUGGAUUCUCAGGUGCGUGUUCUGGAAUUGGAAAAUGAACUUCAAAAGGAGCGAGAGAAGCUGGGGGAGCUACGGAAAAAGCAUUAUGAUUUAGCUGGGGUUUCUGAAGGCUGGGGAGAUGCUGCAGAAUAACCUUCACUGACGCAUCCUCUUGCAAUAACAAUUGCACAUACGGAGUCGAACUCAGACUUGCAAAGCACAUGUCUAUUCAGUAUAGAACCUCUCCAACAUAGUCAGAGCUCGCUGGCACUGGGUAUUCCUGACAGAUCACAGUGUCAAUGGACAGCAGGAGUGAAGGCCCAGCAUGGAAGAAGAAGGAGCCAGGAAGAUGGAAUCUUUAUCAUAGUCGCUAUGCUCAACACUUCUCACCUUCAAUGUACUUGGAAGAAAAAAAAAAGGAAAUAUUCAAUUUCUUAAUGUAUACUUUUGUUUAGCAUUUAACAUCAUACAGCAGGACAGAAAACUAAUUUUUCAGAAUUUUGCUGCCUCUUUGGCAUCUGAAUGUUGUAAUUUGUUUCAGACUCUGGGAUUCAUUGAUUACAGAAUGCCUAGGCGCAAUAUUUACCCAAAAAAAGGCAUUGAAAGAAUUUCAGCUUAUGUAAGACCAGGGGUAUGCAGAACAACUUUUUUAAGCACUGAUGGUUUGCAUAUCAAUUAGCUGUCAAACAUGCAAAGCAAUAAUUUGACAAUGUUAUGUUAAGUUUGGUGGACUAAGUAGAAAUUCAAAUGUGUGAAAUAUAUUUACUAUGUAUAAAUGAAAUAUUGUAAUCAUUCCCAAGAUGUCUUUACUGGGAGCAAAUAUCACAGAUCAAAGAUGCACAAUGCCAUCAUCUACCUACUAUAUGGCCAAAAAUAUACAUACAUCCCUUGGAAUUAGUGUUAAUUUCUAUUCAAGAGUCUCUCCUUUCUAACACUGCAGACAGCUUCACAUCUCCAGCUGCUAACAGAAUGUGUUGUACUAAAGAGCUCAGUGACCUACUCUGUCAUCAAGUGUUAGACCACAGGGCCACCAAGUAUUAAUGCAUGUAGUGCAUAAAAAUGUCAAGUCUUUAGUCAAAAUCACUAUGGGGUUCCAGAUUUCCUUUCUUCAGAAUCUUAAGUUUUUCAGUGGGUGAUCAGCUCAGUGACACACAGGAUUAACUUUCACAUACCUAAAAAUUCUUGCCUGGUGUGGUGUCAAGAUUGUAGCUACUGGACUCUGGAGCACCUGAAAUCCAUCUCUGGAGUCAUGGAUCAUGCUUUAGCAUCUGACAGACACACAAGUCUGGGUUUGACAGGUCCUACCUGUCUAAAUCAGUUUUCCCAAUGGUAUAGUAGUUUGGAAGAGGCUGAAUAAUGAUCUUGAGCCGUUUGCUAUUCUAUGGGUCAGGCUGCUGAUUCCAUUGAAAGCAGACCUUAAAGCUGCAGCUCACAAUGACAUUGUUGACAAUUCUUUUUUGUGGCUUCCAAUUUUUUUUUUCUGUUUUAGCACAAUAAUGUCCUUACAAAUUGAGUCCAUAAAGAAUUGUUUAUUGAGAUCACUGACAUCAACCCAACUGAACUGUAAUGCCAGCUGCAAGCCAUAUGUGAUCACAGUGCUCACCUUCUCUAAUGUUUUUUGUGACUGAGUGGAAAUUCUACCAACAAUGCACAUCACAUCACAUGGAAAGCCCAAAAGAGCAGAGGCUGUUAUAGCAGCAAAGGGAAGAACAUCUUCAUAUUAAUACCUUUGGUUUUAGAAGAAGAUUUUGGUCAGGCAGGUAUCUGGCUAAUUUUGGCCAUGUAGUGCUGUAAUAGGAUCACUGUUUAUAAAUAAAAAGCUUAAUCUUUAUUGUAUUGGUGCUGCCCAUUAACACACCCAUUAAACAUAUUGCUGUGAGAUUUGCUGUAUAAUGAGGAAACCACCCAAUGAUCGAAAGAAAGAUAUUUGAAAGAUUCAAAUAAUAUGUAACUAAAUCUGCAAUAAUGCUGUUAGGAUGAGAUGCAGUCAGGCCACAUUUUCCCAGAAAGUACUACAAUUAUACAUGAAGAUCUCAUGUUGAGUUGUGUUUGCUGACUGCAGCUGGGACAUGCAAGCAGUGGCCCUAACUUUGUGGAUUAUGCUUCAAGCAUGUUGGCUCUCAGAUGUUAGUGGGACUUGUAAUUCAAAAGCUGAAGGGCCACUGGCUGGACAUCCCUCAUACACAUGAUUGGUAAAGAAGAACUCAUGUCCAUGCGCCAUACCAUGUUAUGAACUUUUGCAAUAUGUAGAUGAGGAAAUCUGCUGCAUUCUGUUGGUGCUUUUCAGUCAGUUUCCAAAUUAAUUUUACCGUGAGUCCUUCAGCCACCACAGGGAGUAGCUAAACGUUUCAUUUGGUGUUAAUUUGACGGAGAACACUGUGAGAUUAGCAGGAUGCAUAUAAUGUUUGGUGCUUUGUAUCUGCAUCACAUGUGGGGUAUUGUGACACCAGUAGAUGUCAGGGUUAAAUUUACAUGAAUAAACCUGUUACUUUUU